AGGAGAGAGGAGGCAGCCGCCGCUCGCAGCACACGCUGCUGCCUUCACGCACCACGCCGCGCACGCCGGGGGAAAGUUGGAGGCAGCGCAGCCACCGAGGGCUCCCACCUGCUCGGGGGCUGUGGGAAAGCAGCACUUUUCCCAGGUUGUCCUCAGGAGGCGGCAAAGCUAUUUCCCUGCUGGAGCACUGCUGAGCAUUGUCACCAACAAACCGUGCAGAGCGUGUGGGACCCCACGGUCACGCAGAGGAAAGGAGAAGACAGGAGAAGAAAAGGAAGCAGUUGAGACCCAGCAGCAGCUGCCGCAGGGGAUCAGCUCCAGUACGGAGGUCCCAGCUGGUACCAACAGGCACAAGUGAGUUGCAGGACCACAUCUUUCCCUAGACCAUGUCAUUCCCAGCACACAAGGCUGAACACAUGAAGUGACUCUGCAGUGUUUUCCAAGGUCACUGCAGGUCCAAGGUCACUUUGGAAGGGGCUCUAGGGCUGCCUGGUAGAGACUCACUCCAAGUAGCUUUGCAGCCGGUGAGAGCAGGACCGCUCCAUCCAUAUGAGUACAUCAUGGACCUGUGUUACAACCAUACAAGCUCCCAAAAAACGAUGGACUUUCCUCUGAAGCUGCUGGUCGGGUUCUGCCUUGCCAUCCUCAUUGUGAUCACUCUCUGCGGUAACAUCAUCGUCUGCCUGGCCGUCACCCUUGACCGCCGGCUCCGUAGCCUGACAAACUGCAUCAUUGUCUCCUUGGCCAUCACCGACCUGCUGCUGGGCCUCCUGGUGCUACCAUUCUCUGCCCUCUAUGAACUCACCAGAGAGUGGCCAUUCGGCAGCACUUUGUGCAACAUCUACACCAGCCUGGACGUCAUGCUGUGCACGGCUUCCAUCCUCAACCUCUUCAUGAUCAGCCUGGACCGCUACUUUGCUGUCACCACCCCACUUCGCUACAGCCAGGUGGUCACUCGCUCUCGGGUGACUGUGGGUUUGGUUGUUAUUUGGACUGUUUCACUGAUGGUCUCCUUCCUACCCAUCCACCUGGGCUGGAACACCAAUGGCACAGCAGUCCAAAACACAGUCCCCAGCUGCAACAAGGAGUGUACGCUGGAGGUGAACCCUGUCUACGGACUGGUGGACGCCUUGCUCACCUUCUACAUCCCUUUGGUCAUCAUGUGCAUCACCUACUACCAGAUACUGAAGAUAGCGAGGGAGCAAGCCAAGAGGAUAAACCAUGCCUGGUGCUGCAGCAGCAACACCCCCAUGCCGCCCAUGGUGAAAGAGCACAAAGCCACCGUGACGCUGGCGGUGGUGUUGGGAGCGUUCGUUGUGUGCUGGUUCCCCUAUUUCACAGUCUUCACGUACCGGGGGAUGUGGGGGGACAACAAGGUGAAAGGCACACCCGUCAUGUCCAUCGUCCUCUGGCUGGGCUACGCUAACUCAGCCCUGAACCCCAUCCUCUAUGGGACGCUCAACAGGGAUUUCCGAGUGGCGUACCAGCACUUGCUGCACUGCUGGAGGACUGGGGACCACAGGAGCUCCUGCCUGCCUCCCCUCCAGAAGGCCCAGCCCAGGGGCAGGAACUGCAGGCAGGGCCAGGGCAGGCAGGAGGCUAAACCCCUGAAACUGGAGAUGAGGAACGGGAAAGGGAUCUUGCUGACCGAUGGAGCCCUCAAGAGAUAAGGAGACCUUUGGCUCCCUGUUCCCAGCGUGCCAGCAAAGGAGCCAUGCUCGCCUGCGGCACGGGCCCUUGGUCCUGUCCCAGAAAAACCCUCUCAAGCCACUGAAAGGAGAACACGAGGAGGUGAACCAAAG